AUGCCGACCUCAGCUGCCUCAACCGAAAUCCUAUCCAUCCUGAGGCAUGUUACGGCCAACAAACAGAACAAGGCUGCCGCACGACUGGCCACGAUUGACAGUCAUGUGCGCGAUGCAGAAUCUGCUAUUUCGUCCCAGUCUGGCGUAACCGACGGCAGGAGCCUUGAGUUUGAUGUGCUCAUGCUACUGACUACGCUACGCAAGGCAUGGCAUUUGCCGGAUCUCUCCAUGUACAAGUUAACGGUCGGGGAGCAGUUGGCGGCACAAGUACUACGGCAGACCGCGGAACAAGAAGCGGUGGAGAGGACGGAACAACGAGGUGGGAAGAUCGAUUGA